UACGCACCAAUCAGGACUAGGAAGCUCAACGGCGCAGUAUGAUUACGACACCAGCUACUGUUUUGGUUCGGUGGUAACAUUUAGUUUGAUGCCCAAGAAGGACCACGUGAGAUUACUUAGACAGAUGUACAAUGGAAGCUAAAGCUAAGAGGCAGCAGUUUGCUGGGAAGAGUAGCAAGAUGCAUCCUUCAGGAAAUCCAAAAACCCAAAAAACCUCCCACUUCUCUAAAAGGUUCAAAGUCAGUGGGGAAAGCAAGGAAGAAGGAAAGCCAUCAAAUCAAAAGUAUGAGAAAAAGAAGAAAAUGAGCAGAUUUGGAAAGGCAGGUACAAAAGAAUUCAGGGGAAAACAAGAUCCCGACUCAGGAUUUUCCAAAAGGAAAUUGCAUCACGGAAAAGAAGAUCCUGCAGCAAAAAAACCUAAAUGGGAAGAGAUCAAGAAGCAAAAGAAGGAACUAAAGCUCAACAGACAGCAGAACGACAAGAAGAGCAGCUAUGACAUAGUUAUCGCUGCCAAGCGUAUCUGGGAGACUGUAAGAAGAAAAGAUUGUGAUGAGGAGAAAAGAGCAAAACGUAUGAAUGAACUGGAGAUGCUCGUUGCUGGUAAAAUUAAAAAUAUUGCAUUUGCACAUGAUACAACCCGUGUUAUCCAGUGCUAUAUACAGUAUGGAAAUAACCAUCAGAGGCAAGAAGUUUUUGAUGAAUUAAAAGAACAUUUUGUUGAGCUGAGUAAAUCCAAAUAUGCCAGAAACAUUGUGAAGAAAUUUCUUAUGUAUGGCACUAAGCAGCAGGUGGCUGAAAUAAUCAAGUGUUUCAAAGGCCAAGUCAGAAAAAUGUUACGUCACUCUGAAGCCUCUGCCAUUGUGGAAUAUGCAUACAAUGAGAAAGCCAUUUUGGAGCAGAGAAAUUUCCUUACUGAGGAGCUGUAUGGGAAUACAUUCAUGGUUUGCAAGACAGUUAUGACUCCAACACUAGACAAAGUUCUGGAAGGUCAGCCUGACAAACAAGAAACUAUUUUAGAAGAAAUGAAACAGAUUCUCACUCCUAUGGCUCAGAAAGAAGCAGUUAUCAAACAUUCCCUGGUUCAUAAAGUGUUCUUGGACUUUUUCACACAUGCAACUCCCAAACUAAGAAUGGAAAUGAUUGAAGCAGUGAGGGAAUCGGUAGUUUAUAUGGCACAUACACAUGAUGGCGCACGGGUAGCUAUGCAUUGUCUGUGGCAUGGAACACCAAAGGACAGAAAAGUAAUUAUGAAAACUAUGAAGACGUAUGUUGAAAAAGUUGCUACAGGUGAGUUUUCUCAUUUGGUCCUUCUGGCUGCAUUUGACUGCAUCGAUGACACAAAACUGCUGAAACAGCUAAUCAUAUCUGAAAUUAUCAGUUCUUUAUCCAAUAUAAUCAACAAUAAAUAUGGAAAGAAGGUGAUACUGUAUUUAUUGAGUCCUAGGGAUCCUGCCCAUUUUGUUCCAGAAAUCAUCAGUGUCCUUAAACAAGGAGAUGGAAAUGCUCACAGUAAAAAGGACACCGAAAUCCGCCACCAUGAGCUGUUGGAAGCAAUUUCACCGCCCUUGCUUAAGUACUUGCAGGAACAUAGUCGUGAAAUUGUAAUGAAUAAAGCUACAUGCGUCUUAGUGACUGACAUCUUAGGAUCAGCUAUUGGAGACCUUCAGCCAGCGAUGGAUGCUGUCGUGGAGAUAGCAGCAGAGGAGUUUGUUCCAGGUGGCAAAGAUGGUGAAAUGCACAUAGCAGAACAUCCAGCCGGCCAUCUGGUUCUUAAAUGGUUAUUGGAACAGGAUGAAAAACUGAAAGAAGCUGGAAGGAAAGAGUGCUUUGCAGAAACAUUGGUAGAAGGUGUAGGCACUGAAAAAAUGAAAGCCUGGGCAAUGGUUAACCGUGGAGCUAUCAUUCUUUGCUGCCUUCUUCAGAAAGCGGAUCAGAAAGUAGCUGAGAAGGUCAAACAGGAACUUAAGAGCAUUGUUCCAAAAUUAAAGAAAAUUGAAAAUAUGAAAAGCAUAGAAGCUUUGCUGGAAAAAAUUGCCAUCUGAUUGACUGAGGACAACAAUCAUGCUUUCUUAUCCAGACUAAAAUCUCAUUUACAGAGUUUUAUGGUAUUUGUCAUGCAAUACUGGGUAUCACUGUGAUAUAGAGUCAAAUUUUGUUAAUGUUCCAAGAAUACAUUUUUAUUUAAUAUCUGUUCAAUAAAAAUGAAGAUAUUUUUCUGUUUUUGAA